GUAUUUCAUUCUGACUUUAAUGAUCAGAUCUAAAUAUAGAUAUGCCUGUAAACAAAGAAAUCACGUGGGGAAGUAAAGUUAUGGACUUGACCUACUUAAAAUCAGCUGAUUUUUGUUUUGAUGGGCGAAAAAGGAGAACUCUGAACAAGACUGCAUUACAUUAUAUUUACAUUAUAUUAAUGUUGAAAAGAAUAGAGCAAUAUUGGAUACAUUUUUUCAAGAAAACAACAAAUGUAAACAUGAUUACAGGAUAUAGAUGAUCGUCAUCGCCGCCAAGGGUGAUUCGAACAUGGUGGAAGAGACGGGAGAUUGGAAAUGGGCUGUGGUUGUGGCAUCAUUCUUCGUUCAGUUUAUUAUAUGUGGGAUAUCCUAUAGUAUUGGAAUAUUCCAUAUCGUUUUCAAAGACAUUUUUGAACAUGAUCAUUUUGACACCUCAUGGGUUGGAUCUAUAUUACUGUAUGUUACAGCGUUAACUAGUAUCGUUUUAAGAUGCUUUAUGUCCCAGUAUGGGUAUCGGAUCAGUGUGAUGCUAGGCGGAGUGAUCUCCUCUAUAGGUCUAGGACUGGGAAUGUUUGUGACGGACUUGUAUCAGGUUUACCUCACAUUUGGGGUUAUAACAGGUAUUGGAUUUGGACUCGCAUGUACACCAUCUAUAAUGGCUGUUGAGCAGUAUUUCAAUCAUAAAAGAUUUCAAGCGUUAUCUAUUGUUAUGGGCGGCAUUGGAGCCGGUAUAAUUACAUUCCCAGUAGUAAUAAAAUACCUCCUAGAAUACGCUGCAUGGAGGGGCACUUUACUAACAUUAUCAGGAAUAUCACUUAACCUGUGUGUUUGUGGCGCCGUCAUGUUCCCUGUUGCCAAAGGGAGGCAAGUUCGUCUCAUGCCUCUACUGUCAUGUCUACCUCUCCGUAAUAUUGUCUUUCAUGGCAUGUGCAUUGCUAAUUUAUUCUGGAGUUUUGGAUCUACAAUCAUAUAUAUUUAUUUACCUUCUUAUGCUAUGGAAUUUGGAACAGACUUCGGCACUGCCUCGUUCUUGAUUUCUUGUAUCGGCAUGUCAGCCUUUACAGCCCGGAUGGUAUUUGCUUUCAUGGGACAUAACAGUGCAUUAGAUGAUAUAACAUCUUUAUUGUGCUCAGUAGGUUUAGGUGUUGUUGUGACUGGUAUCUGCCCUCUAUUGAUAGAUGAUUAUGCAGGGCAGAUAGGAUAUUGUAUUUUGUAUGGAUUUUACAGUGGCUAUUGGACAACAUUUUUACAACAAGCCUCACGUGAACUAGUCGGACCAGAAUAUAUUGCUAUGGGCAAUGGUUAUUUAUCUUUCAUGAUAGCUCUUGGCUCUUUACUUGGAGGACCAGCAGCAGGUCUGUUGAUUCAAGAAGAGACGGAAUUUGAGUACGCUUUUUAUCUAGCAGGUGCCAGUUUGUUAUGGAGUUCCGUUAUUAUGUUGAUGUUUAAGUAUCAACAGUGUGGUACAGACAGUUAUCCAGAGGACCACAGCAUCAAAGAACAAAAGAAGCCAUUGGUCAAUCAUAUACAUGACGAAUUCAAACCUUCCUUUAAUGCGAUGAAAGACGGUGAUCGUAUCAUCGUUGAGGCAGCUUCAUCUGUGUGUUAGGACGUACAUUCCUUACAGUGCAGAUUAUGAAAACUGACCAAAUCCAUUACAGCAUAGCACAGAAAGACGUUAUUGUCUCUCCAAAGAUAGUACUCAAUAUUGUGCUGACAUUUUGUGGUUUAACAUUUCAAGUUUUAGGAUGCGGUGAAUCAUGCUUAAAUAACAUUUAAUAUUAAAUUUAUUUUAUCAUAGGGAAGCGUACACUUGUUUUGACAUUUUGUCAUAGAGAAGCGUAAACUGGUUUGGACAUUUUAUCAUAGGGGAGCGUAUACUUGUUUGGACAUUUUAUCAUAGGGGAGCGUAUAAUUGUUUGGACAUUUUAUCAUCAGGAAACGCAUACUUGUUUGGAAAUUAAAGGUUUUAAAGAUGACAACAUUUAAAUUCUGUUGAAUUACCAUUUUAUUUUUGUUGUAUAAGCACGAUUCAAUAAUUCAGCCUUGGGUUCUCUGGUGAUCACAAGAUCCAAUGGUUCAGCUUUAGGUUCUCUUUUGAUCACAAGAUCCAAUGGUUCAGCUCUAGGUUCUCUUGUGAUCACAAGAUCCAAUGGUUCAGCUUUAGGUUCUCUUGUGAUCACAGGUUUCAAUAGUUCAGCUUUGGCUUUUCUGGUGAUCAUAAGUUUAAUGAUGUGCAAUUAUAUACAGUUCAUGAAUCUCUGUUUACGUGUGUGAAUGUGUAUACAUGCUUAUUUCAUAUUGAUAGUACAGCUUAGUUUAUGUUACUGAAAAAAAAAAAAAUUAAAUGUCAGCGACGGAUUAAAUGGUUCCACUUGACUUCCCAUAAUUGACACCAAUAAUACGUUAAGGUUUCAAUAAAGAAUCAAAUAAUACUAUGAUUGUGUUACAUUAGGAAAUUCUUUAUUACUUUUUAAUAUAAUAGCCUGAUAUACUUCUAUGAACAAACAUGAGUACAAACAUAUCUAUAAGUAUCAAAAGUUUGUAUAGUGUAAAACUUAAAUAAGAAAAACAGUACAUCACAACUAAAUAAAAAGAUUCGACUUUAAUAUUAAGAUGAUUGAAAUGUGUCUAGUAUUUUGCCUCACAUGAAGUUUUGUGAAUAACAUUGAAGUGACAAAGUUGAUUUUCAAAUUAUGUGUGUCUGCUUCAUUUAAGUGUUUAAAAAAAUGUAAACUGAUCAUUAAAUGUUCUUGUAAAAGUUAUUUUUUGUUUACUAAAUCAUUAAAUAUUUCCACAGUCAUCAAAAUAAAAGAAACAUUCUAAUGCACACAUCAAUGCAAUGAUUUAAAGCAUGGGCAUUGUAGAUAUGUAAACAAAUUCUGUUUUAUGUUAUAAAGUAAUUAUUCAUUUAAUCAUACCUUCUUGAUUUUCAUUAUAACAUUGUAAUGCAGUACUCAAACUUUGAUACAUUAAUUACCAUUGUUAAUUCUCUUUAAAAUAUUACCAUACGAAUUUUUAAAAAACAACUGGGCAAGCUGAAGUUGUAUUAAAGUAAGAAAAGAAAAAUGUUAUAGGUGUUAAUCUAAACAUUUAGACUCAUAUGUACAAAGUGCUUUAACUUAUUUUGUCAAGCUGCACAAUUUGAUUAUCCUGAUUUUGUAUGUUUUUCAUAAUAAUUUUUAGAAUAACUAAGAUUUGCACUUCCAUUUCAAAGUAUUUGUAUGUAUAAAUGUAAAUAUUUUAAACUUUUUGAGAACCAUCGGGUUUUUCUCAUAUUAUUAUACUAAUCAGUUGACAUGUGUGAUAGCUGCAUGGACAUAACAUAACUAAGGAAACUUUUUAAAGCAAGCAAUGCACUAAAAUUAUGAUUUACUCUUCUUCAAACCUUCAAAAGUUUCUUGUUUUAUUAAGUUUCCAAAAUCUUUUAUAUUAAUAUAUAUCGUUCAUAAGCUGAAUCUUGAGGAUUUUAGCCAAUAUAAAAAGUGGCCACUGCAAACGAUAAAGCUGAAGGUAAAACCUUGUGAGAAACUGAUUACAUGUGCUAUUGGAGAGAUUAAAUACAAACAGUUUUGUUAACCAUGCUUUGUGUACAUAUUGCUGUUUAAAAUAGUAUGAAAGGAAGAUGAAUUAUUUUUUGAACUGUUGAUUGUUAUGUUUUUUUCAAUGUUUUAUUCUUCUAUGGAUGACUGAUUACAAUAUUAAACUAGACAAUGGAAAAUAAGUUGUUCUAUUUUGUUAAAUUAUUUUUCAUUU